AUGUUACAAUUCGUUAGCCAAAUACUCCCCGCCUCUGGAGCAGUUAGUACGUCUUGUCAAAUCUCUCCUAAUGGGGAAUAUGUCGCUAUUAGUUCAAAUACGAACAUCCUACUCUAUGAGAUUUCAACAUCCAAACUGAUUCAUCUUACUACUACACACGUACAAGGUAUCAAUUGCAUAUGCUGGUCGCCGGAUUCUAAAUGUGUAGCUAGUGGUUCCGAGGAUUUUAGUAUUGAAAUCACACAUAUAUUCUACGGGAAGAUACAUAGGCUCAUGGGACACACAGCGCCAGUCAUCUCAGUCUGCUAUAAUAAUAAAGGAAGCAUACUUUGUUCAUCAUCGGUGGAUGAAAGUAUCAAGGAGUGGCAUGUACUAAGUGGUACAGCUUUGAAAACUAUGUCAGCCCAUUCAGAUCCCGUUGUAUCUAUAGAUAUUCCAGAAUCAGACUCAAGCAUUCUCAGUUCUGGUUCUUAUGAUGGUUUGAUCAGGAUAUUUGACACCGAGUCAGGCCAUUGUUUGAAAACGUUAACAUAUGAUAAGGACUGGAUUGCAGAAGAUGGUGUUGUGCCAAUAUCAAUGGUAAAAUUCAGCAAAAAUGGUAAAUUCCUACUUGUCAAAUCUUUAGAUAAUGUUGUCAAACUGUGGGACUAUACAAGAGGUACGGUCGUACGAACAUUCUUAUGGCCUAACCAAGAAACCAAGACUAAGCUUAAAUACAAUUGCGGUCUCGAGCUCAUGUACCCAAAAGACUCUGAUCCACUAGUCAUUAGUGGUGACGAUUUUGGAGAUAUGUGUAUCUGGAAUGCCUACUCCAAGACUUUGCUACAAAAGAUCAACGAUAAACAUCGCAAUUCUCCAGUGAUAUCCAUAUCAGCGAAAGACUCAAUGUUAGUUACGCUUUCCAUAAAUGGUGAGUGUAAUAUGUUCCGUUGGAGUUCCUAA